UCAUUUCAAAUGGAUCCAGACUUGCAGGAGGCUUUCAGUGGUGUUCAGAGCUCCAUCUACAGAACAGCCCUAAAACUACGCUCAGUACAAAGUCUGUGCCAGUUGGAUUUGAUUGAUGUUUCACUGAUUCAGCACAUCCUGUCAAGUGAGCAGAGCCAGAGGGAAAAGCAGACUUCUCUGAAAGUGCAGCAGAUCUCUGGAAUGCUGAAAAAACUGUUCCAAAGGGCAAGAUUAGAAAAACCAGGCCAGGUAGAUCCAAGAGCCGCUGAAUUCACAUUGAGCCUGCUAGUUGCCAUGUAUGACAGAUGUGGAACAGGUUAUAUCAAAACUAGAUCUGCUGCAGCUGCCCUAAUUGCCCUUUCAGGAGACACUGUACUGGCUAAAUACAGAGCUUUCUUCCAGUUUUAUUCUGUCACUGAUGGGAAUGUGGCCCUGAUUACCCGUAGUGCCCUGAGAAGCCUACUAACAGACUUAAAUCAGAUCCCAGCCAUUGUGGGAGAAAGCUGCACUCCAUCUUGUGUGGAAAUUGCAACUCACAGCUGUUUCCAUGGGGUUCUGAAUUCAGCAAUUGUUGAAGAGAAGUUCCUCUCUUGGCUGAGAUCAGAGCCUGCUGUUCUCCUGUGGCUCCCUACGUGUUACAGAUUAUCAGCCACAAAAAUGAUUUCUCACCAAGCUAGAUGUAGAGUCUGCAAAAUUUUCCCCAUUACAGGCCUCAGGUUUCGCUGUCUGAAGUGCCUCAAUUUUGACCUUUGCCAAGUCUGCUUUUUCACUGGCCGUCUCAGCAAACGACAUAAGAGGUCACAUCCUGUUGUGGAACACUGUGUGCAGAUGUCAGCAAAGGCGAAUGCAAAGCACUUUCUCCGCACUAUCAGGAACAACCUGUUUCAAGAGCGCUGCAGAAGAAAGGAGGCUCAGAGACGGAGGGCUCUGGAAAUAGUGGAGGAGAGGCACUUCCCUACUCACAAAAUGACUUAUCCCCACACAGAACUCAGUGCUUCACCACUACCCGGCCCUGAAAACCUGUCUUUCCCAGUGGACAGACCUGUCCUGCGGUCACCCAAGUUCCUAUCUGAAAACAGAACUGUAGUGCAGAAGAGUGAGAAUAGCAGCAAGGCGCCAGAGCAAAGCAAGACAAAAGCUCAGGCAAUAGCCUCUGUUGAAGCAGAUGUGUUAAAAAUGCAUGAAUCCAUCGAAAGCAUUCACAAUGAGAGCAGGUACAUGAAGAAGCAGUUUAACAAAUUGAAGGACAAAAUGCAUUUUCUUCAGAACUGCCAGGAAGACAAAAGCUGCAAAAUAGAGGCAAAUCUACAAAGCCUGAGAGCAAGCCAUGAAAACCUGCAAAUGAAGCUGCAGCAAAUGAAGCAAGAAGUAGAGACCAUGUUACAGUCAUCAGAGCAUCCGUUUGCACAAUGUCAGAAUAUGAUGCCAAGAAAUCCACGUGUCCUGCUGGAAAGGAGAAUACAGAGUGGAUUAAAUCCCGCCCAAGUCAGGCCUACUUCCAGAACAUGUGCAGACUGGAAAUCUUCUAAUUCCCCUGACUCUGCAGAUAGUAUGCAGCUUUUACAGACCCCUGAGGUUCCCGCUGCAGUGGACUUUGUGUUCUCAGAAGACCCACUGGAGUCAGUGUCCCUGCAGAGAGGCAGACAUGUUAUCAGACAGUAUAAAAAAGCAAAAGAGAAUCAAACAUAUCUGCCUGAACUGACAGAAAACUCCCUCCGUGGCAUCAUGAAGAAUACAGUUCUUACUCCCACUGCAGUACAGAAGUCACCUGUUGAGAAGGAAGUCAGUGAGGAAGUGGAACUGCAGCAGCUAGUGAUGAAACUGCAGGAUGCAUUGUCCCUCCAAGCCCAACCAGAUCAACAGUCUGCUUUGCAGCAGGAGUUCUUCUCUACAGCUGAACAUCUUUGCAGAUCCUUUUCUGACCUCAUCAACCAAGUAACUUCACCAGUUUGUGAAACUACCAUUCACCUUAGAGCUUCACUAAACUAUUGA